AUGGAGGUUGAGAGCGUAGCAUUUCCGAAUGCCUGGAAUGUCGGUGCCAAAGGCGACAGAGAGAAAGGCAAGGGCCAGAAGGGAAAGGGGAAGGGCAAGGGCCAGAAGGGUCAGAAGGGCAAGGGCAGGGCGGGAAAGGCGGGCACGGGUUCGCGGGAGUCGGAGGACCUGCCCGAGGAACGACGCCGAGCUUUGAUGGGCGAGUUGGAGGCCUUGGCUCAAGGCACCGAGACCGGCGCUGUCCCUCGCGUGGGGGAUCGCGUCCUCCUGCAAGUUCUGGGCAAGGACCGCGCGGAGCUUCAUGGUCGCCUUGCGACCGUUCGAGGUGUCCUUCCUGGUGCCGCUGCCUUCACGGUGCGACUUGAAGAGGGAAAGGAGGGAACGGAAGGAACGGAGGGAAGGGAGGUGACGGCCUCUGCAGAGGACCUUCGUGUGGUGGAGGCGAGGGCUUCGCCACUGCCCGAGACAUCCCUCACUUUCCCGAAGUCCUUGACGGGCUUGGAAAGGAAGUUCGUGCACGAAGCGGCGGAGGCUCUGGGCCUCGUCUCGCAGAGUUUCGGCCAAGGCCCUGAGCGCUACAUCGCCGUCUUCCGCCCUGCCCAGGGAGCCCCUGUGACGGGCGUGCCGGAGCCGGAAGCGGCGGAAGCGGCGGAAGCGGCCGCCGAUGCGGACGCGGACGUUUGGAUCUCGGGAGUGGUGCUGGACGAAGGGAGCCAAGACUUGCUGAAGAGCGCGGUGGCUGUGCCCGACGACUGGCACGUCUUUGCCGAUCGCUGUGAGCUAUGCCGCGGGCCCUUGAGCAACCCGAAGCCCCUUGAAAGCGCCAACUUGAAGCGAUCCGUCACAGCAGAGCAGAGCAAAGAGCUCCAGCGGCUGCGGCCCGCGAUGCCCUGCGAGCUGCGCGUCUGCACCCUGGCCCGAGGCAACGAAGGCAUCGCCGUGGGCCUGCUGGGGCUGCCAACCUUGGAUCGGAAUCCGCAUGUGCUGGUCGCUGCGCGCGGAGCACGUGGAGCCGGCGAGAGGUGUCUCGCUCUCGCCGGCGUGCGCUGGGAGCCUUGGACGGGGGAAGCCCUCCUCCUCCGAGGCCAGCUGAAGCAGUGGCACAAGGCGGAGCUCUCCGAGGGAGGCGGCUGA